AUGUUUGCAAUCUUUCAGUGCGCGCUCCUCUCAGGGCUGCUUAUACGCGUCACCGACUCUGCUCCUUCGCCUGGCAUAGUCGUCUAUCCAAGGCUUCUUGAGGCAAGAGGACUCGAUGCUGAAAAGAUGCUGUACAUUCAAGACGAUAUUGUUCUAAGGCUACAAAAGACUUCAAUACUCUCGGAAAAUAUUGUGUUUAGGGAAAACGUUGACGGAACAAGAGUCGACCAAAUUAUGAACGGAAAGGAGCUUGAAGCAAACAUCUAUCAUGAUAGAAAUCGAAUGGCGUCAGUGAACAUAGAAGAAACGAACGGCGGUGUCAAAGUGAAAGGAAUCCUAAGCGAUACGCUGAGAAUCGCACCCCUGGAUGUUGGUGCUCGAUCUGAUGACAGUCCUAUUCCCCACGAGAUAUUUCAAGUAGAACAGCGUGCUGGUAUUAGAGGUAAUUCCAAAGUUGGUCCAGAAAUAAAAAGUAGCAAAAAUUUUUUUGCGGAACUGAAAAUUGUGGUUGACGAUGAUCACCAAAGUGCCUUCAAUACUCCGGAAGAAUUAGUUCAAUAUUUUGCCCUCUGCAUGAAGCUGGUAAACAUUCGCUACGAAGACACUUCAAAUCCAAGAGUUCAGUUUCUACUCACUACCGUUGAAGUAGCGGAGAGGGAUUUUGCAGAGGUGUUUUUUGCCCCUGACGUGGACUGCCCAGGCCGGUCUAUGAAAAGAUACAUGGAUCCAGUCUUGAUGAUUAAUAAAACUGCAAACGUUUAUGGGAAGAGUGAUGAGGAUGUUACUGUUUUUGUUACAUCGGUGGAUCUUGCCGACAAGUUUGAUGGAACUGUUUACAAUCAUGUUAUGGGACAGGCGCAACUUGGAGGUCUCUGCAAGGACGGAAGGCGCGUUGCAAUCGUGGAGGAUGUACCGCCCACUUACUCUUUGAUUCAAAUUAUAGCGCACGAACUUGCUCAUACACUUGGAGUUUCCCAUGAUGGCGAAAAGCCUCUUCGGAGUAUAGCUCAUAAGGUAAAAAGCAGCUGCCAUCGUUCGUCCGGGCACUUGAUGGCACCCUCAGCACACGGAGAGAACCACGGGCACUUUUCGAAUUGCUCUAUUGAGCAGAUUGAGGCCUUUGUUGGGUAA